UCGCUGGCUGGACCGGAGGAGGCCGCGCCGAUGAACCUGACCGAGGUGCGUGCAGCGUCCCAGGCCGCCUCGCCCAACCCCUCCUCCCAGUGCUGAAGUCCCAAGGAGGGGCCCUGCAGGUCUGACAUUGCGUUCCGGAGACUAAACCAGUGGAUUAAUGGAAGAGCAAACAAAAUGUCCACCAGAGGAUGUAGAGGAAGUCCCGCCCUGACGUUUUCCUCACCAACGGAAACGCCUAUUUCCUGGGCUUUCAUUGGCCCAGAGCCGCCACGUUUUCUGGGUAAUGUAGUUCCCACGGCACCAAUACUAGUAAGUGGCGUCUCGCGUCACUUCCAGGUCAAAAGCCCAGAAAAGACCGCCAGGGGAGCCUGGAAAUGGUGUCCCUUGUUCUCCAAGGCCCAGACGGAGCUUAGCAUCCUCUUGAAGGAGCCAUUUCUGUAUUUCUGGUGAACGUAGUCUGUGACAUCAAAGAAAUGUUUAGAGACAUGAUUUCAGGCUUCCUUACGCAGAGAAUGCUCAUCAAAAAAUAAAAUGGACACACCAUACACUAACGUCACCCAGACUUCUAUAGCUGGAAGUUAACAAAUAUUGUUUGCAAAUGCUUGUAGCCUGAAGCUCCAGAGUUAGUUUGGCGAGCCUCAGCAUUUUCUGUCAGGCACAAGAAAGAAAAGACUCAGACACCACCACCAUGUGGAACAUGGAGUGGGGAUGUUAGGUGGCCUUGAAGUAAGUGAAUAAUGCUUCUGUCUCUGGUUACCUCAGGGAAUAUUUCUCCUACUUAUACAGCAGUGAUUGUGUCAGACCCAACAAGUAAUACUCUUGUUCAAGAUAGUACGUCAUACUCCAUAUACAGAGAUGUAUUCAAUAUUUUAAGUGUUUUACAAGUAUCUGAAAAGACAAUUCAUCAAAUGUCAUAUGGCAAUGAAAAGGGCAACAAGAACACUUUCUGUAAAGAAGAAGUAACCACCAAACUAGAUUUCUAUACACAACACAAUGUCUUUUAUGAAAGUGUGAUAUAAAACUAUUUGAAACCAAAAACAAUAAAUGUAAUGGAAAUACAUUUACACAGAAAAUAAUUUUUAACUAGAUUCAAUGGGAAUGGAUGUAGUGGGACAACACAUAAUUAAGGGUUGACAUAAUUUUUUUUAUCAAUAGUUGUGUGUUGUAAACAACAGUCUAGCAUUCUACCUACCUGUGAGGAAUUGGCUUUAUAUUUGGAAAUGGAAGAGCAGUGAGAACAUGGAGCAGAAAAGGAUGAAGGAGAGAAAUUGAGGGGGAGUUGGUUUAUGGGUUUGCUACCUAUUGUUGUGCCUGUACACCAGUGUUGGGUCUUUGAGGAAGGAAAGAGCACAAAUUCGCAUGGGGUGAAGGAUGAAAGUAAAUCCUUGGGCUCCCCUACUCUGUCAUCACCUACCUCCAGAAUUCAGAGCCUUUUAUUGUCAUACAUCAGGCAUUGCUUCGCCACCAUUAGUUUUAAUAUUGGGUGUCCCUUUGUCAAGGGAAAUUUGGGCAUGUAUACGUGGCUCUGCCCAGAGAAACCUCUUUAUUGUGGCUCUGAAGAUCCUCUGAAAGUCCUUCAAAAGAAGGAAAGAUUGGAGUAUCAGUUGCAGGAAACUGAAAUCCAGGCCCAUCUCCAAUAACAGCAGCUUCAGGAUGAGUCCGAGAGAAGUUCUCAACCCUAAUUUCUCCUCCAUCUCCUAUUCCGUUACCUCCAUCUCCAUCAUCAUCUCCAUCUCCAUCAUCAUCUCCAUCUCCAUCAUUAUCUGUCAUCUCCAAUCUCUAUCUCCGAAUUUAUGCCCACUUCCUCCAAGUUUGGAGCCAUGGGAACUACAUUGUCCAAAAGGCGCCACGCCGGGAGGUGGAGAUCCUUGGCCAAUAAAAAGAGGCCUGCUCGAGUGUGCGACGCGCAAUGGGCGGGAUUUCCGGCGUCUCUCUUUGGCGUUCAGGUUCGCGACUCUCAGGUGAACUGAGCCCGCGGAAAGCUGGUGGUGGGUUGAGGCGACCAGCGCCGGAAGGGGCCGUGGCGACGUGCUCUGUUCUCGCCGCUCAGAGGCGGGUCUGAGGCUCGGUGGCGGCGCCCAGGGUCGCCCUACCCGCUCUACCCACAGGCUCGGAUGGCGGCGGCCGCGCUGAGGGACCCGACUCAGGUUCUUGUGACUGCAGAGUUAUUUACAUACCAUGAGGAGGGCUAUGUGACCUUUGAGGACGUAGCUGUCUACUUCUCCCAGGAGGAAUGGAGAUUGCUUGAUGAGGCUCAGAGGCUCCUCUGCCGCAAUGUGAUGCUGGAGAACUUUUCACUUCUGGCCUCUCUGGGACUUGCAUCUUCCAAGACCCAUGAUAUAACCCAGCUGGAGUCAUGGAAGGAGCCCUUCAUGCCUGCCUCGGAAGUUGUGACUUCAGCCAUACCGAGAGGUUGUUGGCAUGGAGCCGAGGCCGAGGAGGCUCCUGAGCAGAGUGCUUCUGUAGGACUGUGCAGUUCAAACGUUCAGCAACACCAGAAGCAGCACUGUGGAGAGAAAUCCUUAAAAAGACAAGAGGGCAGGGUCCCAGUUUUGAGGAGUUGCAAGGUUCAAGUAUCAGAGAAGUCCUUGCAAAGCUGGGAGAUUGGGAAGGACCUCCCGACCAGCUCAGUUAUUCUCAAGCACCGGGUGACUCACACGGGAGAGAAGUCACAUAGGAGCUCCAAAAGUAGGGAGGCCUUUCAUGCUGGAAAAAGGCAUUUCAAAUGCAGUGAAUGUGGGAAAGUCUUUGGUCAGAACUAUUUACUUGUUCAGCACCAGAGACUACACACUGGGAAAAAGCCUUAUGAAUGCAGUGAAUGUGGGAAGUUAUUUAGAGAUAUGUCCAACCUUUUUAUACACCAAAUAGUUCACACUGGAGAAAGGCCUUAUGGGUGUAGUGACUGUGGAAAAUCCUUUAGCCGUAAUGCUCAUCUCAUUGAACACCAGAGAGUUCACACUGGAGAAAAGCCUUUUACAUGCAGUGAAUGUGGAAAAGCUUUCAGGCAUAAUUCCACACUUGUUCAGCAUCACAAAAUCCACACUGGAGUAAGGCCUUAUGAGUGCAGUGAAUGUGGAAAAUUGUUUAGUUUCAACUCCAGCCUCAUGAAACAUCAGAGAGUUCACACUGGAGAAAGACCUUAUAAGUGCAGUGAAUGUGGAAAAUUCUAUAGCCACAAGUCCAACCUUAUCAAACAUUGGCGUGUUCACACUGGAGAAAGGCCUUAUGAGUGCAGCGAAUGUGGAAAAUUUUUUAGCCAAAGCUCAAGCCUUAUGCAACAUCGAAAAGUUCACACUGGAGAAAAACCUUUUAAGUGCAAUGAAUGUGGGAGAUUUUUUAGAGAGAAUUCCACCCUUGUUAGACAUCAGAGGGUUCACACUGGAGCAAAGCCUUAUGAGUGCAGGGAAUGUGGGAAAUUUUUUAGCCAAAGCUCAACCCUCAUGCAACAUCGAAAAGUUCACAUUGGAGAAAAGCCUUUUAAGUGCGAUGAAUGUGGGAGAUCGUUUAGAGAGAAUUCCAGCCUCAUUAAACAUCAGAGAGUUCACACUGGAGCAAGGCCUUAUGAGUGCAGGGAAUGUGGGAAAUUGUUUCGCCACAACUCCAGUCUUUUUAAACAUCGAAGGAUCCACACUGGAGAAAUGCAAUGAUUGUGUGAAAUCCUUUAGCCAGCGUUUCAACCUCAUUCAACACCAGAAAGUUCACAGUGGAAAAAAGUCCUGAAGAUAACAGAUGGAAAUCCCUUAGUCACACCUACAAUCUCAUUCAACACUGGACAGUUCGCAAAGCGGACAAUGUAGUGAGUAUAGAAAAGGGUUUCAGCCAAAGACCUAACCCUAUUCAACACCAGAAAGUUUAGAGAGAGGAGAAAGGCCUUAGGGUGGAGAAAGGCCUUAGGGUGGCGGGUUAUAUACUGUCUCUGAAUCAAUAUGACCUCACUUAAAACAGAAACUCUGAGGAUGGCCUUUAUGAGGGAGCUGGCAAUUGAACAUCAUUCAUCUAAAUAUGCACACUGGAGGCAGGAUGAGAAUUCCUGACAGAUUGUCCUUCCUGAGAAGAUAGCCCUCCGCCUUGGAGCUCCGGAGAGAGGGAACCCUGUAUUCUUGGCUGCAGCAGUCGAAUGGAGUUUUAAUCUCGCUGAGUUUGGAGUUGGGGGAGGAAAGGAGUGGUCUUGGUUCAGAUGUGACUGACUUUUGCUGUUCUUAUGAAUGUUAGAUCUUUAAUAAAUAUUUAUUUGCCGUACACCCUUGUGACCAUUUCCAGAGACUGAAUUGCAUUUUUAUAAUUUUCACCCUUUUGGCUGUAUAACAGGACUGCAAAGUUCCUCACUCAGUUAUUCUGUAAGUGGAUCCAAAUGUUUGAAAUUUUAAAAGCUUGCCAAAUUGUGUUCUAAAUGGUUAGCAUUUCAUAUUCCCUCCUGGAAUAUAUUAGAUUUUCCAUUUCUUCACAUUACUGACAAUUUAUAUAUAUAGAAGUCAUAGGCCAUUCAUUUUAGCCAUUUUACUAAGUGUGCACUAGUAUUUCAUUGUAGUUAUUUUUCCAAUGACUCAGUUUUGAGCAUUUUUUUUAAUGUGCUUACUUGUCAGUCAUAUAUCUUCGUUAGUAAAAUGUCUGUUGGUAUUUUUUACCUGUUUUUUAAAACAUUUGGUGGUUACAAGUUUUUAAUAUUUCUGGAGACAAAUCCCUUAUUUGAUAUAAGCAUUGCCAAUGUUUUCUCACGGUCCGUGGCUUUUGUUUUCUUUUUUAAAAUUUAGAGAUGAGGUCGUGCAAUGUUGCACAGACUAGUCUCUAACUCCUGGCCUCAAGUGAUCAUCCUGCCUCAGCCUCCCAAAGUGCUGGGAUUACAGGCAUGAGCCACCAUGCUUGGCCUUGUUUUCAGUUCUUAACAGUAUCUUCCCUAGAGCAGAUUGUCUUAAUUUUAUGAAGCCCAGUUUAUCCAUUUGUUAUUUUAUUCAUUGUGCAUUUGGUGUUGUAUUCUUACUAUACCACAUAUUUGCCUAUAAAUAAAAGCUUUAUGUGAGUAUGC